UGCAGGAUAUAGUUGUCUUCCUCCUGGGUCCUAUCUAUCACCAUCAGUAGGAAAACUGUUCACAAAUGAUGGGUUGGUUGAUUUCUAUGUUUCUAAUGAGCAAUGGGCUGUUGAAUUAUUAAUAGGUGGCUCAUAUUCAAAAAUACCAAUCAAAUCCCACUUAAUAUUGGAUAUCAGAGAAAGAAAAACACCUUCAAAAACAUACGCUAAUGUUUGGCAUAUUCUUCCAAACACCGAUUACAAAAUAUUCCGUGUAAUAAAUAGCAAUCAUGAGGAGUUUUCUAUUAAUGUGGAUUAUAUUGAUUUAAUAGAGAUUUUAAAAUCCAACGAAAAAGAUUUAAGAAGUAAAGGUCAUAAGGAAGAUGCUAACAUUUGCCAAAAUAAACUUGAUAAUGCUCAAAAGCUUUUAAUAAAAAUUCUAAAUGAGAAUAUUGGGAGACAAUUUGGUAUUGAUGGUGUUCAAGUUGGUAUGAAAACUCUAAUAGAAUUGAAAGGGUAUUAUUUUGCUACUACUAUUGUUAAAGGUAAUAUUAUUGGUUCUGAAUUGCCUGGAUAUUGUUGUCAAUGCAAAAAAAUUAUAGGUUUUGAAGAUCAAAAAAUUUUGAAAGAAUUAUUGACUGAUGUUAGUUUUCAACCACUAUUGAUUCUGCUAGAUAAAAUAUCUAUUAGCAUAUUCAAAAUAGGGUUUUCAUCAAACGAGGAAUGUCAUGGAGCAGGUAAUGAUUAUUUAUCAUCAUUUUCGUAUACAUACAAGAAAACCAACUGCAAUUUUAUACAAAAAAUAUUGAAUGGAUUAUGUCAUGUUGAGAUUUGGAAUAAUUUGAACAAAAUGGAUAGUUUUGUUGAAGAUACACCCACAGCAGUUUGGCAACAUAUUGGAGUUUUAUCUAAGUAUACUGGUGAUCAACUAUUUGAUGAAGUAAUUGGAUUAUAUACAGAAUUGUUAGAAAUAUAUCCACAAGAACAUAGGUUUAGUGAACAUGGCAUUCAAUAUCAACAAAAAGACUCAAUACCAAAAUUUUGGAAAUGUUUUAAAGAAUCAUUAAAAAAUAAUAAUAAGGGUAGUAAUUGUAUACAACGUAUAUUGUCAAUAAUUGCACCAGAAUCUUCUUAUAAAGAAUUACAGUAUAUGUUGGAU